AUGCUCAACGGUGAAAAAGCCCUUAUGGAGGAUAGAGACUUGCGUGAGGCCUUCAUCUUGUUUGAUGUGAACAGGGACGGACGAAUAACCGCCUCAGAACUGCACGCCGUCUUAGGCUUCCUUGGCAUACAAACCACACAGGCAGAAGUAUGCCAGAUGAUCAAAGAUGCGGAUUGUGAUGGUAACGGGACUGUUGAGUUUGACGAAUUCCUACGAAUGAUGCGUAGAUACGCACAGAGUCAACGGUCCAAGUCCCCGGAUGCCGAACUACGUGAGGCAUUUAAUGUGUUUGAUCAUAAUCAGGACUCCGUAAUCGAUUUUGGUGAGAUAAAACGAACAAUGCACUUUCUCGGGGAGGCUGUCACAGACGAAGAGGUGCAAGAAAUGAUCCGUGAGGCCGAUCGGGAUCAUGAUGGCUUGGUCGACUUUGAAGGUAAGCAAACUCAUUCCUACAUCACUGAUAUUUUAUGA